GCCGCUCGGCUCCCAAUGAAAAUUUCGCAGUACCUGAUCAUCAGCUCUACGGAACGUAUCAUGUCCCAGGAAAGCAAUAGUUUGACACCCACUUGGCUCACUCGGGACUAUGUGGAGGAAAAGCUGCGUUCGUAUUACAAAAAUGACUCACUUAGGGUGGACAAACUGGACAUCAAGCCGGCGCUUGGCAACGGGGAGAAUUAUGCCAGCGUGAUGACCCGCAUCAAUGUGGAAUAUACUACGAAAAGCAUAAGGGAAUCCACUAGAUUCUUGGCCAAGACCACUUUUCCCGAUCGAGAUCCGGCGGCGGAGGUGCUAAUGGGCUAUGGAGUGUACACUCGGGAAAUGGACAUGUAUGAGCUGAUCCUGCCCAGACUGACGGAUCUGGUGCGGAACGAGCUGGGCGAUACCAGGAAACUGUUUGCGGGCACCGUGAAUGUGGAUCGGAAACGGGACUCCAUCAUCUUUGAAGAUCUAUCGCUGGAGAAGUACUAUGUAGCAGAUCGCCUCAAAAAACUCGACCUGGAGCAUGCUCAUCUGGUUUUGGACAAACUGGCUAAAUUCCAUGCAGCCGGAGCAGCUCUAGCCGAAAGGCAGCCUGGUAUCUUUGCCAAGAAUUUCGAUCGAGGGUUUUUCAACCAACACACUAGAGGUUACGAGUCCAUUAUGAGGAAUCUUCUGAAGGCCCUGUCGCGUUCCUUGGAACUGGAGCCCGAGUUGCGCAAACGGUACCAGGCCAAGAUCGAUCGUCUGGUGGACAAUGUUAUGGACUACGGCGAGAGGUCGACUUUAAAUAACCCAGGGGACUUUCUAACCCUAGCCCAUGGAGAUCUUUGGACCACCAAUGUUAUGUUUCAGUACGAUGAUGAAGGUAAUCCCACCAAUGCCAUCUUCAUUGACUUCCAGUUCAGCGUCUGGAACUCUCCGGCCAUCGAUCUGCACUAUUUCUUUUCAACUGCUCUACAGCCACAUAUCCGUUUGAAGAAUCAGCCUGAACUCGUCCAGUUUUACUACUACAAACUAAAGGAUGCCCUGAAGGCAGUCAAAUAUUCGGGGCAAGUUCCCAGUUUGUUCGCCUUCCAGCAGCAGUUCCGGAGCAGAGCCUUCUAUGCUGCCUUUGCGUCUCUUUGCUUCGAGCCUUCGAUGGCAUACGAUGGCAAGGAGGAGGCCUCCAUGGAACAGAUUAUGACUUCAUCGGAAAAGGGAUUGCGAUUCCAGAACGACCUUUACCAGAGGGAAGAAAUCAGGAAAAAGAUGCACGACACCCUACCGUUUCUAGAUCACUUGGGAUUACUCGAUGUUAUGUAAAAUAUAUUAGAAAUAUUUACAAUUUUUUAUUAAAUUUAUUACUUAAUAAAAUAAAUGUAUUACACUUUACGCAAAAAACAAAAAA